UACAUAUCCAUUGCCUGUCCUCUGAACUUUGAGACAGCCGCAAGCAUCACUCUAAGAUAUGCAAUAGACUGGAAAUUAAACAAAAGCAACGCUUCAGUACAACAGUCUCUUUCCACAAACGGACAACAUGGAUUUUUACCAUCUAUUCUGUUUAACGUGCCGAACAACGAUGUCCUCACCGAGAAUCCUCUUCAUGCUGUUGUUGUUGUCAAUGUACACAUAUCAAGGAGAAAUGACAGAGACACUGUGCGGUGGUGAACUAGUGGACACUUUGCAGUUCGUGUGUGGAGACCACGGCUUUUAUAUCAGCAGGCCAAGCAGAUCAAACAGCCGCCGUCAACAGAGAGGGAUAGUGGAGGAAUGCUGCUUUCGGAGCUGCGAGCUGCGUCUGCUGGAGCAGUACUGCGCGAAACCUGCGAAGUCCGAGCGGGAUGUUUCCUCCACAUCCCUGCAGAUCUUCCCA